GGAAGCCCAAGAAUCAUGCCUGAUGCUGUUUCCGCUCGGUUUUCCUCAGGUGGAUCUUCAAAAGAGCACUUUUCUUAUGCGAGUCUGAGUGGAUGUCUGGAUCCAAGUAAUGUGUUUCCCAAGCUGCAGCCUGCAGCCACUUUUCUUCCAUAGACCAUAGCCUAUUUGUCAUAAGACUUGCACGGUCGCCACGUGGCGUCCGUACAUGCCCCCGAUGGUACGUAUGGAGAGUGCAUGCCCCUGUUUGCGUACAAACGUUGCAAAACUUUGUUUCCUCGUUUCACUAAAAUUCAAUCUUGCCCACUCAAAAAAAGGGAAAAAAUCUUGCCCAGUUUCAGAAAAUAAAAGGAAAAAAAUCAUCUCGCCCUCCUCUCCUCAUCCAACGGCUCAAACACGCUCUUUUUGCUCGGCGGCCCAUCGGGCCCGGUUUGGGCCAAACGAAGCCGUUUCUCCUCGGCUCACUGACUCCCCGUCCCCAGCACCGCCUGAGUCAGUGCGCUCCGCCUCCGCCUCCGCCUCGUCAGUCGCCACCACACCGCACCCCACGCCGCCGCCUCGCCUCCCGCGCCGACCUCCCACCUCGCCGCGCCGCGCCGCGCGAUGCAGGCCCGCGUCGUCGUCUUCCCCGUCAAGGGCCGCGCCUGGUGCUUCGCCCUCCCGCGCGCCGCCGCGGCGCCCGCCGGCGAUGGCGCCCUCUCGCCCCCACCGCCGACGCUGAGGGACCUCUGGCGCGGCAUCACGUCCGCGGGCCGCACGGCGCCGGAGAAGGCCGAGUCCGUCGUCGACUUCGUCGCGGACAAGAUGAACCGGGCGUGGAUCGGGUUCGGGAGCGCGCCGGAGGGAUCCAUGAAGAGCCGGAUCCACAGCUUCGGGGUGAAGCUGCUCUCGCGGGUGCGGCCGUCGGAGGUGCUGCUGAAGUCCGUGACCAAGGAUGUAGGCGCGCUAGAGAUCGUGCAUCCGGCGAGCAUAAAUUCUCGUCUUGUGCGUCGACGGCUGCGGCAUAUUGCUGUUAGGGGUGCGUCAGUUCACAAGAAAUUUCUUUAUGGCUCAGUUUGUUUGCUUCCAGUUACUAGUGUUUUCAUGGUACUACCUUUACCAAACAUACCAUUCUUUUGGGUAUUAUUUCGUGCUUAUUCUCAUUGGAGAGCUCUACAGGGAAGUGAGAGGCUCCAGUUGCUAGUUUCGGACUGCUCAGAUCAAUGGGAAAUUCUUGAGAAGGAGAUUGGUUCAGUAAAGGAUGGUAACCCUAACGUAAAUGCCCGGUAUUCUCCUUGGAAGUUGCGGCCAUCCAAAAGGCUCGAUGGGUUCCUUGAAAGGAGAAACUUGGAUGAAGGUUUGGACUGUGAUACCAUUUCAAGGAUCUGCAAGGAGUAUGAUUUGGACAAGAUUGAUGUUGUCAAGUACAGGGAUCUGCCUUAACCAAAUUCAUAUCCUUGCUCUGAAGUUUUUUUUUUCCAUUGCCCACUGAUGUUUGUACUGUAAAAUUCUUCUAGCACAACCAAGCUUAAGGGUACAGGAGUUGCACGGGACCACUAACAAUUGGUCAUCCAAUGAGGAAAUUUUUUGUAACAGCUUCAGUUUCAUUUUUAAUUAUGCUUCAAAUCAGUCGACUACUAGUGCAGUAAUCUUAGAAACAAAGAGGACUCACCAGACUGUUGGAACCCAGGGUGGUUUGUUAUGUUGAACACACCAUGUACAUAGCAAUUGACAUUUUGCUAGCUGCCUAGCUCUUCCACUUCAGCACCUGCCUACUAACUGUGAACAAGGAAGCCAAGAGUAGGGUUGAGAUCGGCCAUUCGAAUAUCGUACGUGGUUUGCAUUUUGUUUAUGGUUCCGAAUCUUUGUGUGCAUCUGAAUCAUAAACUGGGAUCCAAUGCAGAAUCUUCUCAUUUCGAAGUAAUUAGAAAGUUUCAUCUUUUAUGAGGUGCUUUCUGUGUAAGUAAUAAGACUUAGCUUUAUAUCUGGACUGGUGCACUUGUGUUGUUGUGUUACCCUUCUGAUUGCUAUCUCGAUGUUUGGAAAGAUGGCAGUCAACACUCAA